AUGUCCCUUCGAUCAGACAGUUAUCCAGGUGGAGCCGGAGGAGUUUGUCGUGAACACGGCUCUCCUCCAGCUGGCUGGGUACACUCCUCCUACCCAGCCCUACCAUCCCCUUCGAUACAGGCUCUGUCGGAAGCCGAUCGGAAAGCCUACGACAACAUCAUCAAGUGUAUGGAAAACCUUGCUGCCUACCUCAAGUUCUGUGGCAAUGUGAGCAACACCGUGGUAGGCAGCCGCUUGUCGAGACCCAUGCAGCGCAAACUGGUGAUGCUGCUGCAGUGUGCCAUCACUGAUGAAGAGGGGAGAGGAAAGGCUGCGCGGGGCAGCCAGGUCGCUAGGCGAAAGAACCGUGACUGA